UCGGUUAAUUUUAAAUUUUAAAUUUUAAAUAUCAUAAAUUAUAGUGAAUAGUCAUGUCCUCUAAGCUAUUUGACACUAUAGAAUUUCUUAAAAGCUAUGAAGAACAUCCAUGUUUGUGGAAUAAGACCAUACCAGAUUUUCAUAACCGAUUAAAAAGAGAUGCAGCCGAAGAACAAUUGUUACCCAUAUCAGGUCUUGCCAACAUCAAAGAACUUCAUGCGAAAAUUAGGAGUAUUCGUGGUACGUACAACCAGGAAGUUGCGAAAAUAAACAAAUCUAUGAGAACAGGAUCUGGGACAAGUGAUAUAUAUAAGCCUAAAUUACAAUGGUUCUCAUAUGCCGACAGUUUUUUAAGAAAAAAUGUUGAUCUAAAUAUGCAGACUGAAUCAAACUUGGUGAGUUGAUUAUUUUAUUAAUUUGAUUUGUGUACUUCAUAGAUGGGGAGAGUAUUGUACCUUGGUCUUAUAAUUAAUAUCAGACAAAAAAUUAGUAUUAAGGUCUGAAAAAAUUACAUUCUUUCAAAGUGGUAUGAAUGUACCUUGGAC